AUGAGCAGCGGUCGCUCGCUGUUCGACGAGUCAAACGAGUUCAUCGGGCUGCCCGUACGGGUGCAGCUGCUGGAUGGCACCUCCACAGACGGCGUGCUGUACUGCAUCGACCCGGAGACGGACCACGUCGCACUGCUGUGCCCGACAGCUCAGACCGAUUCGGGCUACAGCGUCAAGGUGUUGCUGACUCACCAUGUCCGCAGCAUCGAGAAGGAGCCACACGGAAGCGCGGACCUCCCCACGCUAGCUGCACUGCAGGAAGAGCUGCGUGGAGACCAAGAGAUCAGCGGCAGCCAAACUUUGGAAGACGCGGCCAGCAUCCAGAGCCGACGCGAACUGCUCGGCCAGUUCUUGACCAAGAACUUUGUGCCGUUCCAGGUGGCGGCGGACGGGGGCGUCGUCGUGUUCGGCGGUGCCGCGACGCUGCGCGCGCCAUUCCGCGCGGCUGAGAGCGACAACCAGCAGCUCCUGCGGUGCAUGCAGCAGCUUCUCGCCCAGUUCGACCAGCAGCAGCACGAACAGACAGCAACAAGCCCCGCGUAA